UUAGGUCGCAAUGGUGUAUUAGCUUGUAAAACAUGAUCAAAACAAGGUAAAUGUCACUUGUUGACUUUAUAUUCACUGAAAAACAUGUUAAACACAUUCUAUAAUAAUUCAACUUAAUCAAAAAAUGUAAUAAUUAAUAAUUAUACAUUGAUAAUACAAUAAAUUCAUUGAAAAAUUGUGGAAAUUUUGUGGCGUAUAUCAUAACAUGGCUCAUGACCUAGUGCAGACAUCAAUAAACGCAUCUUGUCGAAGAUUUUCAAUACAUUCUUGAAUAUCAACUGUGAUUUCCAAAGUUACAUGGUGAUGAAUAUAUAAAUUUAUUCAAUUCUAAAAUAGCUAACAAAAUUUUAAGAAACUAAUAGCUAGGAUAUCAUCACUUUCAUGAUGGAAAAUAUCUUUCAAAACGGCAAUUAUCAAAUCAUGAGUGAUUCAAAUGAUAUGACUUCAUUAGACAUUCAGAAACAGGAUUCUUUGUUAGAUCAUAUGGAAAUUGCCAUAGUAGAAGCUGAAAAACGUGCAAAUGAGGGUCUUAAUUUAAGAGAAUUCUAUACUGUGUACCUGGUUGAAACCAAAGUGAUUGAUCCAGAUUUUAAGGAUGCUCUAACUACAAUAAGUUCUUUGUGGAGACGAUAUACAGAAUUUGAAAUGCUCAGAACUUAUUUAGAAAUUACGUAUCCAUUUGUUGUUUUGCCACCACUGCCAGAGAAAAAAGUUCUUUAUGCCUGGCAAAAAAUCACGACUGAUACUUUUGAUCCUGACUUUGUUGAUAGAAGAAGAGCAGGGCUAGAGAACUUUUUAUUGAGAAUAGCAUCUCAUCCAAUAUUAUCGAAAGACAAACAUCUAAUGGGAUUUCUUCAGCAAAGAGAUGGUUGGCGAGAAAGUAUAAAAGAAAGUGGAUAUUUACAAUUGGCCGAAACAAAACUUAAAGCUCUUAGCGUUGCUGUAAGACUGAAAAAACCAGACAAACAAUUUGAAACAAUAAAAACUUAUGGAGCCGAACUUCAAAAUAAUUUAUGUAAUCUCUUACGUAUACGAGCGAGAUUAGCUGAAAGACAAUAUACAUUAUUUAAAUUACAUGCAAAUUACGGCCGUGUAUUUAGCGAAUGGAGUGCCAUUGAGAAAGAACUUGGAGAUGGUCUCCAAAAAUCAGGACAUUAUAUGGAUUCAUUAGCAGCCACUAUUGAUAGUCAUCUUGAGGAAGAAGAAUUAAUAGCUGAUCAAUUAAAAGAAUGGCUAUUUGGAGCAUCUGCACUUCAGGCUGUAGUAAAACGUCGAGAAGCUCUACAACUUGCAAAAGAUGAAGCAACUGAUAAUCUUAAUGCAGCUUAUGAACAACGUCAAAAAAUUAUGCAAGGAAAAUCUGGUUUAAUGUCACGUUUAUUCGGUUCCGUUGAUACGGAAGAAGUGCGGGAACUGAAAGUUAAUCAAUGGCAGCUGAGAAUAGAGCAGAAUGAACAAGCUGUUAAAGAAGUGGAUGAAAAUUUAGUAACUUUCUCAACAAAAGCAAUGGUAGAUAUUGAACGAUUCCAGAACCAAAAGGUAGUCGACUUGAAAGAGACACUUGCAGCUUAUUGCAUUUUACAGUACAAAUUAUCGAGAAAGGGUUUGCAAGCUUGGCAGCAUAUUAAGCAGUGUAUAGAAAGCAUGCCAUGAUUUAUUUUAAUUGAAAAACUAAUUAUUUAUUUUUUUAAUUAAAUCACAAUAUCUUGGAGCAAGAAAUUAAAUACAACUAUUAUCAGUUAUUAUUUAUCACAACCAUUAAAAGAACAAUUAUAAUACUAUCUAGAUAUAAUAUGUACAUUCCGCCAUUUACAGUUUUAUUAUUAAUAAUAUAAUGUUUACAUAUAAUAUUAUUUUUAUCAAUCUAAUUAAUUAUAGUAUAUAUUUUAAAAAACUAUAUACAUAUUCUGAUAGCAUAAUUAACUUUUCACAUAUCUCAUUGUUAUCGUUACUGGACAACAAAUAAAUAUGUUCUUUCU